AUGAAUGAUUACCUGGAUUAUUCAGAGCGACAAUGCGAUGAGGACCCCUUAUACCUGUUCGACUCGCAUUUUGGCAGCAAUAUCCCAGAAAUACUCAGUGACUACAAUGUUCCUGACAUCUUCCCAAAGGACCUAUUUGGUGUCAUGGGCCAGAAGCCGCCAGGAGUGCACACCUGGGUGGAUGACAGCAAUGAUGUCCUGUGGGACGGUCCAUCGAGCCUCACAUGGUUUCUGGAGGUGUAUCCCAGCCUAAGAGUUGAGGAGCGGCCUGUAGAAAUAAUACAGCGACCUGGGGAAGUGAUUUUCGUGCCUGGGGGUUGGUGGCACAUGGUCCUCAACCUGGAAGCCUCCGUUGCAGUCACCCAGAACUUUGCAUCAGAACAGAGCUUAGGGAGGGUCAUUCAGUGCCUGGCAUAUGGCUCAGCAGCACAACUCUCAGAUGAGUCAAAGAAGACAUGGCUCACUCUCCUCGGUAGGGCCCUGUCUGCCAGCGGCAUGGAGGCCAGCUUGAAAGAUUCGCAGCAGCCCAUCGCUGGAGGCAGUUCUGUGGUCUUCCAAGUGUCAAACCACAUCUGCAAAUUUGUGGCCAAGGGCGGCGAGGCUGGCGCGGCGCGCACCUGGGCAGAGGCGCUCGCAUCGGCCUGCCUGCAGCGCCAUCGAGGGCCACUGACGCAGUGCACACCCCAAGUGCUGGCGCUCGGCAGCGUCGACCCGUGCAAUUUGGAUACAGUAGGCCUCGGUGUGACGCACGCGCUGCCCUUUGUAAACAUGACAGCCUGCUUGGGGACUCCUCUCGACGUGGCACGGCCGUUGCUCACCGCGAACUCCCGGCAGAGCAUUGCCGCGCGGCUGGGCCGUCUGACUGGGCAGCUGCACAGCCUGCCGCUCCCUGAUGCCCGGCUGCUCGGCACGGGCGACGCAGCGGCGCCCUUCACGCUGUGGCAGAGCAGGGAUGGCCUGGACCUGAGCUUCCGACCGGUAGGGGCGGAGACCGGAAGCGCGCAGGCUCUGCUGGAGCAUUUGGAGCUGCAGCAGCAUGUGGACACCGCUGCUGGGACUGCCUGCGUGAGGCUUGGUAGCCCAGUGGAUGCCAGCUCGCCGGUCACUGACGGCGAAUUCGCGAAAGCUACUGUCGAGACUGCGUUGGACGAGAGCGCGGCACGGCGGCUGUGGCGGCCGUUUGCGGACUUUCUGAGGGAGCGGCGCAGGGACGCCCCUGGGGAGCUGGCGUGGGAGCACAGCCUGCCACGGCGCCUGCUGGGUCAGCUUGAAGCUUACCUGCCGCCAAACCCGGCCGCCUUCCUUCCCAACGCAUGUGCAGUAUGCUCAACAGAUCUGCGCACCUGCACCAGCCAUGUGAAUGGCUGCACCGAGCAAUCUACAGCUGCUACACACAGCAGUACAGCAGCAGGAGCAAGCCCUGAGAGUGUCUACGCGCCCAGCUGGCUGCAUGGGGACCUCAUAGCGCAGAACAUCCUGGUGGCAGAGCCGCUUGACACCGGAGCCAGCUGCGAGGACGGACUCGUGCCCGAUGCAGUGCAGCUCAUCGACUUUGGCGACGCUGGGCAUGGCGACCCGCUGUAUGACCUCGUGCUUCUGCUCAUUGAGGCUCUCAGGUGUGAGCAGCCCCUGUGGGAGGCUUGCCUGUCAUCCACAGUGAAGGAGCUUGGGGAGAGGCCAUGGUGGCUGUGUGCGCGCAGGGGAGUGCCACUGUCGCGAGUAGCCAUGACUUACACGCUGCUGCAUGAGCAGGACCUGGCAUCGGCCAUGUUUAAGGCCAUGCCCGAUCUCUGGCGGCUGCACAGCUUGCAUGCAGUAGAGCAGGAAGUGUUUGGACGGCUGGACAAUUUGUGA